CCGGCUCCCGCCGCCGCGCCUGCUGCAUGCUCGGUGCUCAGCCCCAGCCGGAGGUGGAAGAUGGCGGAGCCGGGGCCGGAUUGCAGCUCUCUGCUCGACGAGGAUCUCUCCUCCUUCGUCUUCAGUUACCUAGCGGACAGCCAGUAUGAGGUGUCUGGAGAGGAGCACCUCUACUCUGACUUCCCCGAGAUCGAUCUGUCCCAGCUGGACGCUGGCGACCUGGACUCUGCUGGCUGCUUCAGCGAGCUGCACUGGGACAGGGAGCACUCGGAGACCGACUCCAGCCAGUACAGCACCGACGACUCCGAGCUCUUCCAGAUAAUAGACAGCGAGAACGAAGCGCUGCUGGCAGCCCUGACCGAGACUCUGGAUGGUAUUCAGGGAGAUGACAUGGGCCUGGCUGCCUUCAGAACUAUGGAAGAGGGGGACACGCUCAGCCCUGCCACCACCUCACCUGCCCCUUCCCCCAAACCCACCGCCCCGGUCACGGGGGGCCCCCCGGCCCCCGAGGGUGAUGAGCUGUCUCUACUGAAGAAGCUGCUCCUGUCUCCGUCCCCUCCGAGCUGCGAGGCCCAGCGGGACGGGAGCGCCCGGCGCCCGGGGACCCCAAAGUCCCGGCCCCCACGGCCCUGCACGAAGGUGGAGGGUCCCCGGGACAGGAGGGCGAGCGUCCCGCAGGCGCAGAGCCGCAGCUGCACGGAGCUGCACCGGCACCUCACCUCCAGCACCUCCUGCUCCCAGACCAAAGCCCCCCAGGCGCCCGAGGAGUGCCCCGGCAGCGGCCACCACCCGUCCCCAGGUGACUGCGCCCAGCACGAGGACGACAGCGACUCCAGCGAGGACUCGCUGAGCUCCGGGGACUCUGCGGCCGCGCUGUCCUCGGCGGAGGAGGGCCCGGGCCCCCGGUUCUCCUGCGAGGGGGAGCUGCGCUCGGUGCUGGAGCUGAUCCGCUACAUGCACACCUACUGCCUGCCGCCCCGCAAGCUGCCCGCCCGCGACCCCGCCGAGGGCCGGCCCCAGCCCUGCGGCAGCCCCUACAAGAGAGCCAAACCGGACUGUGCCCCCGGGCAGGGCCGGCCGGGCUGCGCCUGGCAGGCGGCUGGCAGCUGCAAGAAGCCCGGGGCGUCCUUCUCCAUCCUGAAGGAGCUGCUGGCGCGGGACCUGCUGUGCGAUGUGAGCAAGCCGUACCGCCUGGGCAAGCCCGUGUACGCCGCCCUGGCGCGGCCGCCCGGCUCCUGCUCCCCCGUGCCGCCCGACGGGGAGGAUGCCGGCGGGACUUGCACGCCCAGAGCCAGAGCAGCAGUGGCAGAGAGGGGCGAGCCCCGGCAGAGCCCCGAGGCGGAGGCGCCGCGGGAGCUGGGGGCCCUCGAGGACGAUGCCGGGAGGCAGGAGGGGAAGGCGCCCCGCAAGCAGGACAGCGCUGUGUACGCCGUGCGCCGCUCCAAGAGACUCAACCCCGAGCUCGGGCACUGGCUCUCCUUCCUCGAGGAGCCCCACGCCGAGCCCUCCGUGCCCCUGGGCUGCAGGGAGGCCGCGCCGUGCCCGCUGCUGGAGGGGUUCUCUGCCGAGGAGCCGGCGGCCGAAGUGGAGGUGGGGGGCACGGCCCCGUCGGCAGAGCCCCAGCCCCUCUGCCUGGGCUCCCUGGGGGAUGGAGAGGUGGCCGCGGAGAGCCGCCGCUGUGCCCUCCUGGAGCAGACAGAAACACCCAGGUGUCUCACGCUGUCCUUGGCACAAACUGACCCAACCUUUGGGAAGAGAAACUUUGAGCCAAUGCUGACUGUGGAGCUGUGUGGGACAGCAGGUCUCACACCGCCCACCACUCCGCCAUACAAACCCGCCGAGGAGGACCUGUACAAGCCAGACAUCCCCCAGGAGGCCGGGAAGGAGGAGGGGACGGCCCCCAGCCCCGGGGACGCGGCAGCCUCGCGGAAAGCGCCCAGGAAGCACCCGGAGAGGACGGAGCUGUUCGCCCACCUGAGCCGGGCGCGGGCGCUGCCCGAGCAGCAGGGCGUGCUCAAGCGGCCCUUCUCCCGCUCCUUCGGGGACCACGACUACUGCCAGGUGCUGAAACCCGAGCCUGCCCUGCAGAGGAAGGUGCUCAAGUCGUGGGAGCCCCCGAGCCAGCUGGAGACGGAGCACAAGAGGAGGGUCCCAGCCGCCCACUACCAGGGGCUGGAGCUCGGCAAGGACACGGGCGCCGAGAUGCUCUGGAAGGACGGCGUCAAGCAGCUGAGAGACCAGGAGAUCAGAGCCAGCUUAACAAAGCACUUUGGCUUUCUGGACAGUGCCCUCGACGACGAGGACAUGGUCUUCUGCAAGACCCCCGAGUACGACACCGUCUUUGAGGACAGCUGCAGCGAGAGCGGCUCCCCCGUGGAGGAGGAUGAGGAGGAAGAGGAGGAGGAGGAGGAGGAGCACGGCGACACCGAGCUGUGCCUGAGGAGAAGCGCCCUUUCCAGGGGCAGUUUGCAUUACUGCUCCCGGAGCAGGUCCAGCUCGGGCUCCUCGUGCUGCCGGUCGCGGUCACCUGCCAGCAGACGCACCUUCAGGUGUGAGAACGGCGAGCAGUGUCAGGGCAGCAGCGGGCAGCGGGGCCAGCUGAAGAAGAGACGGGAAAAGGCCAUCGGAGAAGGCCGGGUGGUGUACAUCAGAAACCUCUCCAGCAGCAUGAGCUCCAGCGAGCUGAAGAAACGCUUCGAGGUGUUUGGUGAAAUCGUGGAGUGUCAGGUCCUGACCAGGACUAACAGGGGGGAGAAGUACGGCUUCAUCACGUACCGCUACUCCGAGCACGCCGCCUUAUCGCUGAAGAACGGCCCCUCGCUGAGGAAGAGGAACGAGCCCUCCUUCCAGCUCAGCUCUGGUGGCCUGGGGCGCUUCUUCUGGACCAGAUACGCUGACCUGGAUUGCGGCACGGACGAGUCGUCCCCAGCUCCGGUGAAAAGCAAGUACGAGACCAUGGAUUUCGACAGCUUGCUGCAGGAGGCCCAGCUCAGCCUGCAUCGGUAACAGCCUUAACCUUGGAGGAAUACCUCAAUACCUCAGUCAAGGCACUUCCAAUAUGUUUACGUUUUCAAAGAAAUUAUUCAGUCUAUGGCAAGCGAGAGAGCGAGAGAGAGAGCGAGAGCACGCCCGCGAGAGAGAGACUGCUGUCCCCUGAUCGAUGUUUACAUUGAACAAAGCUGCUUCUGUCUGUGAGUCCCCAUGGUGUUGAUGUCUCACUGCCACACGUUAGUCCCCCCUCUGCUUCUGACUGGUUGUUUUAGGGUGAGCCUAGGAGCCCCCCGGCCCCUCUUCCCCCUCCCAGCCCUCCCCAUGCUCCCGCCGUGGAGUUGCAGCUGUGUUCACCAUAACAUUUUUUUGUCCGUAGUGUGUGAUGAUGAAAUUGUUCAUUGUGAAUAGAAUCAGGAUUAUAAACUAAUUUUUAAUAGAAGAAGAGAAGAAAAAAAAAAAAGUAUAUACUUAAAAAAAUGUAUUUAUGGCUCAGAUGUACUGUAAUUCAGAUUUAUUGUACCGCUUCCUUGAUUUUUAACUAUGCACUGUAAUGAGGCACUUGCCACUCAGCAAAUGGGGGGUCAGAGCAGUCACAGAGCUGACAUUCCCCUGCCUCCCCUGCUGGCAAACCGGGGUGCUCGGUGCUUGCCCGGGGUCACCCACUUUGCUGUCAAAGCCAUUCUUCGUGCUGGCGUGGCCCGAGCCCCCAGCAUCACCCCCAUGCUGAGCUGGGUGCUGGUGGGUGAUGGAUGCAGCUUUGCAGGCUGCAGAGGCCGGGAGAGGGAUGCCGUGCCUGCAGCCAGCACUGCUCCGGCCUCCGCUGCCUUUGGAGCCAGGAGAGAGGGGCUGGGGGCUGCAGCCAGCUGGGCACAUGGGUCCUGCUGGCACAGCCUGGGGCAUGGAUGUCUCCGGGCCAUGUGGAGGAGCUGGCUCCUCUCCAGCUCCUUGGAUGGCUGUGAGACUGGCCAGGCCCUGUGGCUUGAUCCGCACUCGCUUCCACACCCUGCAAAGCAAGCGGGGCGAGAAGACCUGUGUGUGCUUCCCACUGGGCAGCCAGCCCCAAACCCAGCCCAAAGCCCAGCCCAAAGUAAGGCCAGCCCCAAGUGCAGAGAGGUGGGGCGGGCACAGCACCCACACUGAGCACCCACACUGACACCCCCACCCCCUGCCCCGUAGCUGAUAAGCCAUACACGUCCCAGCACCCACCCGCACCCCGGAUCCGUCCAGCGCCCCGGGGCACGGCUCUGCCUCUGGCCAAGGGCACUCGGCGCUGGAUUGAAGUGUAGAAUGAACUUGUGGACUUGCCCUCCACGUGUGGGUGUGGUGGGAAGGGGACGCAGCCCCCACCAGCCGGAGCAAAGCCCACCACCAGCCGGCCAGAGGCGCUGUUUUCCCAAGGCAGCGGGAACCUUGCCGCUCCUCAAGCCAUCACCACCUUCUCCUUUUAUUUUUGAGCCCCAGAGACCACUAGGGAUUCAGCCAUCCUCUGUAGAUAGAAUAUUAUAGCCUUAACUCUGCCAAUAGAUAGAUUAGAGUCUCCUGGGGUCUCCCCUCCCCACGACCUGGGGGUUUCCCCCCUGGUUCCCUGGGCAUGUUCCGUCCUGCAGGGAGAGCGACCAAAGCCUGGGAAGUGGCACAGGAUGCGAGGCCGGGAGCCGGAGCCGUGCCAGGGUGGG